AUGUCUCAGACUGCCAAGUCCGCCUCCAGCCAGGGCACCGAUGCCAAGGAUAAGGGAGCCCCCGCUCCAGCUGCCUCCAGCAAGGCCACCAAGACCGGAGAGCCUGGCAUGGGAUCCUUCAGAGUCAUGCUGUUCGACCAGGAGAACUUCCAGGGCAGGAUGAUCGAGGUCCAGAAUGAGUGCAUGAACGUGUGUGACCGUGGCUUGGAUAGAGUGCGUAGUAUCAUUGUGGAGUGCGGCCCCUUUGUUGCCUUUGAGCAGACUAACUUCCGUGGGGAGAUGUUCAUCCUGGAGAAGGGAGAGUAUCCUCGCUGGGAUACCUGGAGCAACUCCUACCGCAGUGACUGCCUCGUGUCCCUCAGGCCCAUCCGCAUGGACAGCUUGGAGCACAAGAUCUGCCUGUAUGAGCUCUCCGACUUCAAGGGCAACAAGAUGGAGAUCCAGGAGGAUGAUGUGCCCACCCUCUGGGCGCAUGGCUUCUGCGACAGAGUGGGCAGCGUGAGGGUGCCCGGAGGAGCGUGGGUGGGCUACCAGUACCCUGGAUACAGAGGCUACCAGUACCUGUUUGAGUGUGGUGACUACAGACACUACAACGACUUCUGCGCCUUCCAGCCCCAGAUCCAGUCCAUGCGUCGUAUCAGGGACAUGCAGUUCCACCAGAGAGGAUGCUUCACCUUCACCUCUGCCAGCAAGUGAAUGACACCUGC